CCCCUCUCCUCCCCCCUCCAUAGAACCACUACAAAAGAGAAUCUUGAUGGUAAACUCCUCUGAUAAACCCAGAAAAAAAACCCAUGCAUGGAAGAAGGUCCUCAUCCACUUCUCCCUCUGCUUCAUCAUGGGCUUCUUCAUCGGCUUCGCCCCGACGACCGCCACCAUCUCUAUCUUCUCCACCCAUCCCUCCGCCGCCGACAUCCGAAACCUCGGCGUCUCCGAUCUCAAGAUGGAAUCCAUUAACCGAACCCUCCUCCUACAACUCCAUCCCAAACCCUCUCACUCAGCUCCACCACACUGCCAUGAAAACCACCAAGAGCUCGCCCUCAACCAACAUCUAAUAAUCAUAACCACCACCCAACCCACAGACCCAUUCAAACUACCUUCUUUGUGGAGAUUAGCCAACACUCUCAGGCUGGUGCCGCCGCCUCUCCUAUGGAUUGUCGUGGAGGCCAAUUUCGAUUCUCCGGCAACGACGAGGAUGCUCCGGCAGACCGGAAUCAUGUACCGCCACAUCACCUAUAAGGAGAACUUCACUGAUGCUAAUGCUGAAGCCUACCAUCAAAGAAAUGUAGCCCUCAACCAUGUCGAACAGCACCGGUUGGAUGGAAUUGUGCUCUUUGCAAGUCUUCUCGACAUCUAUCCUCUCCAUUUCUUCGAGCAGAUCCGACAAAUAGAGGUUUUUGGGGCAUGGCCGGUUGCGAGGGCAUCUGCGAGCAGGAAGAAGAUGAUCGUCGAAGGACCGAUUUGCAAUUCUUCGAGGGUUGUCGGAUGGCAAUCGAAGGAGCUCAUAAACAAAAAUAGAACUUUACAGUCAACAAAACACAUAAAUGUUAGCUCAGAAUCAGGCAAUGGAACUGUAGAGAGCAGACCACAUGCAAAGAUCAACAUUUCAGGUUUUGCAUUCAACAGCUCAAUUCUAUGGGAUCCAGAGCGUUGGGGCCGUUCUUCCUCCAUUCCUCAUAGCUCUCAGGAUUCAAUCAGGUUCGUCCAUCAAGCAGUGCUGGAGGAUGAGAGUAAGAUCAGAGCCAUCCCUCCUGAUUGUUCAACGGUCAUGAUGUGGCAUCUGCAUAUACAGAGGAAAACCUCUUAGCAAUCACCGAAAGCAUUAUAGGGACAAUAGUAUAAAGAAAAUGAUAGAAGAUCAGAGAUUCAGAGUAUAUAUAUAUAUAUGAGUUAUUUGUGCUAUUUCAAGAGAGAGAAAGUUGGUGAUGAAGUAUUGCAAGGUUGACAUUGCACUUUAACUUUAUUGUGGAAGAUUUCAAAUUUUGUUAAGUGAUGCAAG